UUUUGGUACUGGAAGUCCGCGUAAACAUGAAAGAAUCAUUCGUUGGGUCGAGUCAGAGAUUAUUUGAGACAACUUUUACCUACAGAUCGCAACGAAUAUCUUAGCCGUGCUGAAAAUAUGUUUAUAAUGCAAUGUUUGUGUCAAAUUGUACAUCUUGACAAGUACCAGAGUCGAUCUGAGUCGAAUAUCGAUCGUUAUACGUUAUACGUCUCUGCAAAAAUACAAUUGGUAUCUCAGUUACAACAACACUGAACAGGCUGCUGCUAAUUCAUUGGUAUCUAGCUUCCGAAGCAAAACAAGGGAGUGUUGUAGGCCUACCAUGGAGGAGGAAUACCAUCAUAAUCUGACUGUGAUCGCUUGUUGUGGGUUCGAUACAGUUCGUGAAUUUUAUAAUCUCGCACAAUACACUAUGUACAUAUAAGCAAGUAACGUUAUCAAUAUUGUUAUCAUCGUGCGAGUUUGCAUCGGAUUUCUGAUAGCUGGCGACAAACUCUUCUUAGGGGACGAUGGGCUGGCUGAUUCAGUCUGUCAUUCUGGUUUUCUUGGGAGUUCUCUGUUAUAAGAUACCCAAUUAUUUUAGGACCUCUUUGCCACCUGUUGUUGAAGGAAAUUUUCACCCUGAUUUCAGAGAGGUUGCCAAUGUGUUCAGAAAGCUGGUUGAGGAUGGCAGUGAGAAGGGAGCAUCGUUUGCUGUUUACUACCGUGGGAAGCCUGUGGUGGAUAUGUGGGGUGGAUAUGUUGACCAGGAGUCUGAGCAGCGUUGGAGAAACGACACAAUGACACUGGUCUUUUCCUGCACCAAAGGAGUUGCCGCCAUUGUAGCAGCUAUGCUUGCUGACAAAGGAUUCCUAGACUACCAGAAGUUGGUUUCAUAUUAUUGGCCUGGCUUUGCCAAAAAUGGAAAAGAGAAUAUCACUGUCGAAAUGCUACUGAGUCAUCAGGCAGGCCUUGUUACAACCAAUGAAACAGUCCCUCUACAUUGGUUAAUCUCGGACCCGGAGAGGUUGGAGCGAUUCCUGGAAAAUCAAACACCAACAAUAAAGCCAGGUUCAGGUGUUGUGUACCAUGCCAUCACCUAUGGUCUAUACCUUGAUCGUUUGCUGCCUAAGAUUGAUCCCCAAGGUCGAUCAGUGAAACAAAUGUUUGAGGAAGAUAUUGCGAAUCCAUUCAAUAUAGACUUCUCUAUUGGAUCAAAGAAAUCAGAGGACUAUCGGUUUGCACCUUUUACAUCCCUCGAUGUUAAAAACCUGAUCUUCAAGUUCCUCUUCAUGCCUUCGUACUGGGAUGUGUUGUUGAGAAUGAUCCAGCCCAACUCACUAGUACUGACUAGUAUGUCUGCUAUAAAGGAGACUAAAAAAAUUGCCAUGUUAAGGAACCCUGAGAUUCGUCAGGUCCCACUUGUGUCCGUCAUGGGUCACGGUAAUGCUCGCUCACUAGCCAAACUGUACGGAAUUCUGGCUAAUGGUGGACAGAUCAAUGGAAAGCAGAUGAUCUCACAAGAAAUGAUCCAUGUUUUGAAUAAACCGGUUGUCUCUAAACUCAGCCUAGAUUUACAUAGGCCUGCUACAUAUGGACUUGGCCUCAUCUUCUUUGAUAAUCCACAGGGCGGCAAGGUGAUUGGACACACGGGUUAUGGUGGACAGAUGGCUAAUGCUGACGUGGCAAACCACCUAGGUCUAGCCUACAUCACUAAUCAUCUCUCCGAAUACUCCUUUGGAGAUGAUCCUAAGUACCUAGCCUUACAAAAGGCCACUUACAACUGUCUUCAUAAACAUUCCAAAAGAUAUGCUGAUUAAAUGACAAAAACAUUG